AAACAAAUAACUAAUAUUGCAAUCGUAAGAGUAAAUCGCAUUUAUUAAACUUUUAUACAAGAACAUUUUUGAGUUAAAUGUUAAUUUAACUGUAACUAACAAGAGCAGUUUGUUCUCACGUCUGAUGUGUAUUUAAAAACACGUCAUCUGUGACCAACAUCACGAUACUUUCAUUAACUAAGAUGUCAUUUUAUAUAUUAGAAUAUAAUAUUCGAGUGAAUUCUAUCACUUACAUUUAAAAGUCAACUCUUCCCCGCUGUCAGCUCACCUGCUAUAUAUAUAGUAACCCUCUGCACACAGAGAUCACACAGGACUGAUAAACUGUAGAAGGGAGUUUAAUGACAGGUGAGGACGCCAGAGGGACGGAGGCAGGUGGAGGUCAGAGGAGGGACAGCAGAAUCUGGACAAAGGAAUCAGGCUUAGACACAAGAACAGUAUGAAUACUUAAAGUGUUGGGGAGCCAGGAUACAAAGUCAGGUUACCACACAGGGGUGUAUGACGAUCUGGCGCUGGAGAAGCAGACGGGCCGGGUUUAAACACUGGAGGGGUGAAUCGUGGAAUGGAGAUCAGCUGUGUGGGGACGGUUCCGGAUGACCGGCCACGCCAGCACAGACAGACACACCGGGCAAAAGGAAGGAAGAGCGAAACUCCCAGCCGUCCCAGCAUGGAGGGUAGAACGAGUCUUCUCCUCUGCCUCAUUGCGGUGGCGUGUUCCUCUGGAUCGGCUGCUCUGACGAGAGAGUGUGAAAUCGCCACAGUGGCCGACAUCGUCUUCCUGGUUGACGGCUCCGGCAGCAUCGGGGAGGACAACUUCGAGGAGGUCCGGUCUUUUAUCCGCAGCGCUAUCGAGGCCCUCGACAUCGGCAUCAACAAGGUCCGUGUUGGCUUGGCUCAGUUUAGCAACGAACCCAUCGCAGAGUUCCUGCUGAAGGACCACAAGAACAAGAAGUCCCUGCAGGCGGCGGUAGACACAUUCCCCUACCGAAAAGGAGGCACAAAAACGGGCAAAGCCAUCGAUUUUCUCCGAAAUAAUUAUUUCACAGAAGAAGCCGGGAGCCGAGUCAACCGACGGGUUCCUCAGAUCGCCGUGGUCAUCACAGACGGAGGCUCUCAGGAUAACGUGAAACUCCCCGCCCAGCUCCUGAGGCAGCGCGGGGUCAUAAUAUUUGCCAUCGGGGUCGGAGCUGCCAACCACACAGAGCUGGUGUCCAUCGCCAACCGUCCUUCAGAGCGUUUCCUGUACUCCAUCGAUAACUACCAGGCCCUGCAGAGUAAGAGAGACGAUCUGCUGCAAACUGUUUGCAUCUCUGUGGAUGAUCAGAGGCAAGCUCUGACUGACCGGUUUGGAGAUAUUUUCUUUUUGUUGGACAGCAACAUAGCUAUUGGACAGUUCAACAUAUUCAAGAAGGACUUCAUCAGAUUGAUCAAAAAUCUUGACGUUGGAGCGUCCGCCUACCGCAUUGGCUUGGCCCAGUACGGUGAAGACCCCAAGGUAGAAUUUAAUCUCAGUACCCAUCAAACCAAACCGCAAACCCUGGCGGCCAUCGAGCGUUUCCGCCUGCGCCCACCAUCAAACAGACAAAGAAACCUGGGUAUUGCUCUCAAGUACGCCAGCGAUCACUUUUUUACCCGUGAGGCGGGGGGUCGAGCACACCUAGGCGCCCCGCAGUCCCUGGUGGUUGUGAGCGGAGGAGACUCCACUGAUUUUGUGUCCGAUGGCGCUCAUCUGCUGAAAUCAUCAGAGAUUACUGUUUAUGGGAUGUCUGCAGGUGCAAGCCAAACUGCCAUUGAAUCAGUUGCCAGUCCUGGGUUCACUUUCAUGUCUGCCCUUGUAUAUCAAUUGAAGGAGUCCUUGACGACUGUUAAAAACGAGAGCAUUUCUGAAGAUUGCAAAGCAGUCAACAUGGCCGACAUUGUGUUCGUCGUUGAUGAGUCCGGGAGCAUUACAACCCCCAACUUCCAGCUGGUGCGCGAUUUCCUCCGCUCAGUUGUGAGUGGCCUGAAAGUGGGUCCCACUAAAGUCCAAGUGGGCAUCGUCACAUACAACGAUGAGUCCACUCCGCGGGUCUAUCUCAACAGCUUCGAUGAGAAGGCCGAAAUACUCCAGUUUAUCAACAUUCUGCCUUACAAUGGAGGCGGUACGAAGACUGGAGCCGCCCUAAACUUCACACUGAAGAACAUGUUUGUUGAGAAAAAGGGCAGCAGGAUAGGGAAGGGUGUCCAGCAAGUGGCCGUAGUGAUCACAGAUGGGGAUUCCCAGGACGACGUGGCUAAAGCAGCAGCCAGUCUGCGUCGGGCCGGCGUCACCAUUUACACAGUGGGGGUUGGAAACUAUAGCAAGACUGAACUGGUGAAGAUGGCAAGUCAAACCUCUAAUGUCUUUGAGGUGAAAAGCUUUGAAGAUCUGAGGCACACUGCGAGAAAGCUGCAGAAAAACCUGUGUAACAAUCUGGGUAUCAUAGAUUCAAACGAAGAGGACAUCAACAAAGCAUGUGUGAAAAAAGACGUAGCUGACAUCUUCUUCCUGAUUGACAACUCUGGGAGCAUUGAUGACCAAGACUUCAACGACAUAAAGACGUUCAUUUUUAAGUUUCUGAAUACGUUCCGUAUUGACCCAGAUCAUUUCCGCUUAGGUGUGGCAAAAUAUGCUGAUUCACCGACUACAGAAUUUACUCUGACGAACCACAGAGACGUCGAGUCAGUGAAGAACGCCAUUUCGGCUGUUAGACACAUAGGAGGUGGAAGGAACACAGUAAGGAACACAGGAACAGCUCUGUUGCACAUGGGCAAAGAGUUUAAGAAGAACCGCCGUGACCCCAAGGUCCCUGAGUACCUCAUCAUCAUCACAGAUGGGCAAUCUGCUGAUGAGGUCAAGGCUCCAGCAGAAAAUCUGAGGGCGCAGGGUAUCAUCACUUAUGCCACCGGGGUGAAAGAUUCAACCCGAACUGAGCUGGAAGAGAUUGCCGGCGACCCCUCGAGGACCUUCUAUGUCAGCAACUUUGAUGCCUUGAAAUCGAUCGACAAUAAAGUCAUCACCGACAUUUGUACUGAAGAAGCUUGUAGAAAUGUACAGGGCGACGUCUUUUUCCUAACUAGGGGCAUCAAAGAGGAAGAAGACUUUCGGAAACUGAAAGAGUUCAUGAAAUCCCUCAUCCGCAAGACCACCCAGCAAAAUGAGUUGCGGGUCGGUCUCAUGCAGUUCACCUCCGAAAGCCGUCUUGAGUUCCCCUUAAAGCCUUCCACAAGCAUGGAGGAAAUGAUCUCAGCCAUUGAUGAAAUGGAGCAGAUGACGGGAGACACCUACUUGGGAAACGCCCUUGAAAAUGUGUUGCAGUAUUUCGAUGAAACUGAAGGAGGGCGUCCUCAUGCGGGUCAGAAGCUGAUAGUGAUAACCGACAGGAAGUCUGACGACGAGGUCAAAGGCCCCGCCAAGGCUCUGAGGGAAAAGGGAGUGGUGAUCUACGCCAUCAAUGUUGGAGGUGACUCUGACCAUCUGGCAGUGAUCAGCAAUUCAGGGGAUAGGGUGUAUAACGUCAGAGACUUUGAUGCUCUGAAGGACUUGGAAGCAAAGUUCGUGUCGAAGGUCUGCGAGAAUGUUUGUCUUUUAGUUCAAGCUGACAUUAUUUUCCUGGUGGACACCUCCAAGUCCAUAGAUGCAACAGAAUUUAAAAAUAUGCAGACCUUUAUGAAGACAGUCGUGGACCAAACCAAAGUUGGCAAGGAAAACACUCGCUUUGGGCUCAUAUCCUACUCGACCAAGACCACGCGUCAUUUUGAACUCAAGGAACAUGACUCCAAACUACAAGUUUUGAAAGGCAUCGACAUUACAAUUCCAGAACGAGAUGACACCCACACAGCUGCGGCUUUAGAAUUCUCGCUGAAAUAUUUCAAAGCUGAGUAUGGCGGCCGGAGAGAACUUGGGGUGCCUCAGAUUCUGAUGGUGAUCACAGAUGGGGAAGCCACCGACCCUACCGACUUGAAAAAGAAUUCUGAUGCGCUGAGAAGCAAUGGGGUCAACGUCGUCAGUAUUGGGGUGGCAAAUGCUUCAAGGGGUGAGCUGGAGACCAUGGCCGACGACCCAUCCAAAGUGUUCUUCGUGGACAAGUUUGAGGGAUUAACCACUUUGUACAGACGCAUGUCUAAUAUCUUCUGCAGUAAAACAGCGUGCAAUAACAGCGACAUUGUCUUCCUAAUCGACCGGUCGGGCAGUAUCAACUCCACUCAACACGAAAAGAUCAAAGCCUUCACCGUAGACAUGGUGAAGCAGUUUAACAUCAGUGAAGACCGUGUGCAUAUUGGACUUGCACAGUUUGCCAUGGACUUUAACCAUGAGUUUUAUCUCAACCAGCACUUUGAGAAGGAGGCUUGUGUCUCACACAUCCAACGCCUCAAAUACACAAGUGGAACUACCAACAUCGGAAAGGCUUUGCGUCACAUAGAGAAAUACUUUGAUACGUCACACGGGGGGCGCAUUGGGGUCCCCAAGAUCCUGGUGUUGAUAUCAGAUGGUAAUUCUGAUGACGGGGUGUUGGAAGCAGGUGUCCACCUGAGGGGUCUUGGGAUAAUUGUUUAUGCCAUUGCCGUCGGAGAUUAUUACCCCGUAGAGCUUCAUCGGAUUACCGGCGCCCCAAAGAGGAUAUUCCCCACGAAUAGCUUCGACGAGCUGCCAGAGGUGGUGCAAAAGGUGGUGAACGAAAUUUGCUCUGGAGAUCAACCGAAACCCGACCCAGACUGCAGCAUUGAUAUCGCCAUGGGAUUCGAUAUUUCUCAGGAAGGCCGCGCUCCCGGUGAGAUACUGAUCAGCGGCCACGCCAAGCUCCAGGCCUACCUGCCAGACAUUGUUCGCUACGUUUCGUCGGUGCCGAGUCUGUGCUGCGUCGAUUCGGGUCCUGUCAAAACCAAAAUCGCCUUUCGAGUGGUAGUUGGAGAUGGAAAGUCGUUGUACGACACAAACUUUGAAGCCUACAACAAUGACACGGUGUACAAAGUCAUGAAUACGUUGAUGUCAGGACCUGCCUUCUUUAAUGCUGCCCUGCUGAACUCCUUCAAAACGAUGUUCAACGAGAAGUCCAAAGCUGGGGUGAAGGUGCUGGUGAUCUUCUCAGAUGGAAUCGAUGACGACGUGAUGACUCUAGAGCAGGAAUCACAACGCCUGCAACAGUCUGGGGUCAGCGCUCUGCUGACGGUGGCCCUGGAUGGGGCCCGAGACCCCGCCCAGCUGCAGAUGGUGGAGUUCGGGCGAGGAUUCGGCUACAAGCUUCCUCUCAGCAUCGGCAUGACGAGCGUCGGCAGCUCCGUCCUCAAGCAGAUUGACACCGUGGCGUCCAGGGAGUGCUGCCACGUCACAUGCAAAUGUUCAGGAAAUGAAGGCGUCCGCGGCUCUCGGGGCCCCCCGGGGUCAAAGGGUCCACGCGGACCGUCGGGUCAACCAGGGUUCCCUGGAGAGGAAGGAGUCUCUGGAGAGCGAGGGCGUCCCGGACCGAGCGGACCCCCGGGCUUCAGCGGCUGUCCCGGUCCCAGAGGACACAAGGGCUCCAGAGGACUGUCCGGAAACAAGGGCGAGAACGGAGAAGACGGACUGGGCGGAGUCAACGGAGAGCAGGGACUGACAGGCCCAGACGGGGGUCGAGGACCAAGGGGAGAUUCUGGAAACCCGGGUAUCCCGGGUCUUAGAGGGGAGGUGGGGCUUAAAGGACAGCGAGGACUCAGAGGAGAUCCGGGGGAACCAGGCGGCGAUAAUAACAGACUGGGAGUCAAAGGGGACCCUGGGAACCAAGGUCUACCGGGUACAGCUGGCCAGGACGGGGAGAAAGGCGAAGAUGGAGACACUGGGAACAGGGGUCCAGACGGGAGGAGAGGCUCGGCUGGAGAGAAGGGGAAACCUGGAAAGCCUGGGGAACCGGGCCUUCAGGGGCCCCGCGGUGCUUCUGGUCCACAGGGAAAAGGUGGAGAAGCCGGUGGUCGUGGACCGAAAGGACUCUCUGGCUUCCCUGGAGUUCAGGGUAUACCAGGACCAGCUGGAGACCCGGGAUCAGCCGGACGCAAUGGAGCUAACGGACCGAAGGGCCAACCAGGAGACCCGGGUGUGAAGGGGGGUCCUGGAUUGCAGGGACCCAGAGGGGCGCCGGGUUUAGACGGAAAAGACGGUCAGGGACCUCCGGGACCCAAAGGAGCCAAGGGAGAUCUUGGUUUCCCCGGUUACCCCGGAGUACAGGGUGAAGACGGUCUGGAGGGAACCAAAGGAUACCCAGGACCCAAAGGGAACCAAGGUCGAGGGGGGAACGCAGGCGGUUCAGGAACCUAUGGUGAUCCUGGAGACCAGGGACAUCCAGGAUAUAGAGGUCCCAGAGGCCCUCCUGGAGGCAAAGGCAUGACUGAGUGUCAGCUGAUCAGCUACAUCAGAGACAACUGUGCUUGUUACAACGGUCAGUCGGAGUGCCCGGCCUACCCCACCGAGCUAGUCCUGGGUCUGGACAUUUCGGAGGAUGUGGACUCGGACGCCUUUGAGAGGCAGCGCUCUGUCCUCCUCUUCCUACUGGACAAAAUCACCGUCUCCGAGAGCAACUGUCCGACUGGGGCUCGUGUGGCAGUGGUGGCCUACAGCGAUUACGUUGAGUACCUGAUCCGCUUCCACGAUUACCGCCGCAAGUCCCAACUGAUCGAGUUGGUGAAGAACAUUGCCUUGGAGAGGACUUCUAAGCGGCGCAAGCUCGGUGCCGCAAUGCGUUUUGUGGGUCGGAAUGUCUUCAAGCGUGUCCGAGCGGGAAUGAUGAUGAGAAAGGUGGCCGUCUUCCUCUCUAACGGGCCGUCGCAGGAUGUCGAAGACAUUGUCACCGCUGUAAUGGAGUACCAGGCCCUCGGCAUCGUGCCGGCAGUCAUCUCUUUGAGGAACGCUCCCACUGUUGGUCGAGCCAUGGAGGUUGACAAUUCAGGACGCUCCAUCUUCAGUGUUCUGAGGAAAGACAUGGCUGCCGACCUGAAGCGCGUCCAGAAUUGUGCCGUGUGCUACGACCCCUGCCAGAGUCCGGACCAGUGCCCCUUCAUCCAGGAACCAGUGGGGCCUCAGGAGGUUGACAUGGACCUGGUCAUGGUGGCGGACGGCUCCAGGGAGAUGCAGGCUGACGAGUACCGCGGAGUCCAGCAGCUGCUGGGCUCUGUGUUGGAACAGCUGGUUGUAAGUCCUCAGCCCCGCAGGGCGGGCAACCAGGCCCGGGUGGCCGUGGUCCAACAGAGCGGCGCCCAGGACAUCAAGGUAGCGUUUGGCUUCGGGACCUACCAGACCAGCGCGCUGAUGAGGAACCACCUGAUUCGAAACAUGACGCAGCGGGGAGGUUCGUCAGCGCUUGGACGGACACUGGAGUUCACCUUGCAGGAGGUUCUCCUGAAGGCCGGACAGCCCCGGAGGAGGAGGGUGCUGCUGACUGUGGUCGGAACCAAGACAUCGGUAGAGGACCGAGCCAAGCUGCGCUACAUUUCCCAGAAGGCCAAGUGUGAGGGGGUGGCGCUGUUCGUGGUUACGGUCGGGGGUCGCUACGACCGGACGCAGGUGGAGGAGCUGGCCAGUCCGCCUGUUCAUCAGCACCUGAUCCACAUGGGCAGUCUGAAGGCUGAGGAACAGGGCUACGUCCAGCGCUUCUUCAGAGUCUUCCUCUCCGCCCUCAACAAGCAAAUUAACCCGUAUCCUCCGCCUUCAUUGAAACGGACCUGCAACCAGCUGACAGACAAAGAAUUGUAUCUUCCAGACGGUCAGGGGACAACAGAGCAGAGGGACGAGGAGACGGGUGGACAGACUCAGUCUGGACACAUGGACGUCACAGAAACUGUAGGAGAUGGACAAAGCUUCUUCUCAGACAUCUGUUUCCUCAGCAAAGAUGCCGGCAAUUGCUCCAACUACGCCAUGAAGUGGUUCUUUGACAGCGACCAGGGGAGAUGCUCUCGCUUCUGGUACAGCGGCUGUGGAGGCAACGAGAACCGCUUUGAGAUGCUGAAGGACUGUGAGAGACUGUGUCCUACUAAGAGAGCAGGAGGAGGAGGAGGAACAGGAGGAGUAGCAGCAGGAGGAAGUAUCGCAGGACGUCUCCGUCGUUUGAAGAAAGCUGCUUUGCACUAAAUGUGGAUCAUGAAAAUCCGAACUGAAAAGUCUGAACAUUUUUAUAUCAUAUCUUGUUUCUUUCACUUUCAUGUCUCCCUCAUGUUCAGCUUCUCUCACAGAACAGAUCAUUGUUUCACAGUUUUGUUUAUUCUUUGUCAUAUUUACUGUGAAUUGUUCGGAAUAUCAAAAGCCGUUGCUGAUCAAAGACUGUAUUUAAAGAAUUCUGCUUUUUAACCAGAACUAAUGCGGGUUCAUGUGCCUCGUUUGGAUUUUAUUAAACAAGUGCUGAAUAUAUUUUGUACUAUUUUCAUAUUAAACUAUAUAUUUCAUAUGUAUUGUCUUCUGAUAUCCAUACAACAUGACACCCUUGGACUU